GCUCGAAAUCGUCAAAGAUUUUGUUACAGCUGCCAUAGACGAGCUAUAAAAUAUUAGCGCGGUUAAUUCAGAGAAAAAAAUGGAAAAAAAUAAUCGCAACUUUUAUCCAUUCUGAUAACACAGUAAAAUAUUUGUGAUUACACGUAUUUUUUAUAAUUUGGACAACACACUUGUUUCACACUUGUUUCACUGUGGGAUAAAUAAGAAAACAUACUUCGCGAUUACAAAUCGCCAAUUUUUCGCGCUUUUGAUUAUUUUUAUCUGAAAGUUUCGUGCUUUUUUUACAAGAGAUGACGACAUGCAGGCUUAGAAAAGAGUAAAAACUAAAGACUAACACUAAAGAAAGCUAAAGAAAACAUCAAUUUAAAAAUUGUAAAAAUUAAUUAUUUUACGUAAUAUAGCUAUAUAUAUAAAAAUAUGAAAAAAAUAUUACCAUAUUUAAUGUUUUUAGGGAAUUUUUUUUUUUAUCUCGCAAGUUUGUUUGAAAAUAAGAAGACGCAUGAUAAGAGAAAACGAAAAAGAAAGAAUGGUAUUGUUAAAGUAUUUCGAAAGAAAGUAUUGAGAUGUAAGUCUUAAUGCCCUGCUUAUAUAGCACAAGUCCGCCAUCUAUUCACCAAAACCAGAUGCUGCAGAAAAAGAACAGAAAAGAGUUCCCAAUAGAAUUGUUCAAAAAAGACAGUUAAUCAGUUAGAAGAUUAGAUAAAUGUUUUUUAUAUGAUUCUUUUUCUAUGGAAAUUUGAUAUAAGAAAAUAAUUGAAGUAAUGGAAAGGGACACUCAAAGGUCGUAAUGAUUGGAGAAACGACAGUCAAAAAAGAUGGAGUAUGGCAACACAUAAAAUCAAAAACCUAUUAGCAGUUGGCGACGCGUUGAAUGUCAGUAAGCGAAGAAGCAGAGCAAUGUCAGUCGAACAGAAAAGCAAUUUCUUGGAAAAAUUCAGCACUAGAGACAGACGAUGUUCGGGAGCAAGUUUUGACACAAGAAGAAAAGAUACGACACAUUUAAACGAUGUUUUCUCGCAUGUCAGUUCUACCGAACUCAGAGAACUUUAUUCAGAAUUACACGAGUCCAAGACAAACGUUUCAAAUUGUGGAGAUUUCUUUCAAGAAAGAAGAGGUUGUCGUUUAUUUCAAGUGCUUUUCGAGCCCUACAGUACCUUCAUAUACGCAUGGUCUUGGGUCGUUAUAAUGGCCAUUCAUUACAAUGCUUGGGUAAUAAUAUUUCGAAUUGCUUUUCCAGAAGCUCAAACUGUUUAUCCAGUGUUAUGGUUUUGUCUCGAUUACACAGCCGAUUUUAUUUACUUGGUAGAUAUCUUGAUUGCGUCCAGGAUAUCAUUUUUAGAAAACGGUAUAUACGUCGAAAACGUUAAAAGAGUGAUGAUAAAAUAUUGUAAAUCCAGCAAGUUUUUCCUAGACAUUUUAAGCUUGCUUCCGUUGGACAUUUUGUAUAUAUUUUACUCAGUGAAUCCGAUCUUCCGAUUGCCGAGGUUAAUCAAGUUCUGUAGGAUUUUUCAGGCGAAGAAGAUAGUCGAGUCAAUGACAAACGUUCCGAACUUACUUCGUGGUGUAUUUUGGCUGCACAUCAUGUUUUUAUUGAUGCACUGGAAUUCCUGUUUCUUCUUUAUUAUUUCCAAGUACGAAGGAUUUGGGUCUAACAAUUGGGUUUAUCCACGCUUAGUAGGAGAGCAUAAAGUUCUCACCCACAGGUAUAUUAAAAGCAUGUACUGGUCGACAGUGGUCCUCACAACCAUUGGAGAGAGCACAGCUCCACAAACAACCAUUGAAUGUUUGUACAUGAUCAUAUGCUACAUCACGGGAAUCUUUAUAUUUGCGACUAUAGUUGGCCAAGCUGGCAAUGUAAUACAAAACAUGAAUGCGAGUAGAAUGGAAUUUGAAAAGCAGAGAGACAACACGAUGCAAUAUAUGAAAGGUCACAACGUACCAAGUCAUCUUCAAAAACGAGUAAGACUAUGGUAUGAUUACACCUAUUCAAGGGGACGUUUCAACGGUGGAGACGACAUCAAUGAAGUAACCAUGUUGCCCGAUAAAAUGAAAACAGAAUUGGCGUUGCAUGUGCAUCUAGAAACACUUAGAAAGGUCUCGUUUCUUCAAAAGUGCCAACCUGAGUUCUUACAUGAUUUGGUGCUAAAAAUGAAACUCCACAUUUUUACACCUGGUGAUUUCAUCGUGCGCAAGGGAGAGAUAGCAAGAGAGAUGUAUGUUAUAAGUGAUGGCAUUGCAGAGGUUGUAAGCGACAGCGGAAGAGUGCUAAAAGUACUCCAACCCGGUGAUUUUUUCGGAGAGAUUGGUUUGCUUAGCUUGAGUGCCGGACAAAAUCGGCGCACAGCUGACGUACGUUCAUGUGGAUAUAUUGAACUGUUCGUUUUAAGCAAAGAUGACGUCAUGACCUCCAUCAGAGAUUAUCCUGACGCUCAGAAAAUACUCGCAAAACAUGGACGCAAACGUUUGUUACUCGGCUCAAAAUUUAACAACGGUCCACGAAACGAUACGACUUCGUCUUCAUCUGAUAGCGAGAUCGAGUUAAAGAUCACAAGGCCUGAUUCCGAGAUUUCGGAGACCUACUUUACAACAAACCAUGUGGGAGAGGAUGAGAAGGUGUCGACCCAGAUAUCGAUAGACGACAUUGAUCACAACACAAAGGAUGACUUAGAUGCCGCGACGCCAACCUACAACUUCUUAACAUCGCCAAGAAAUGGAUUUUACCUGGGCACACCACGGCACUCUAUCACUUCUUUAAAACCAGUCCUGCGAAGAAACUCUUCCAUAUCGUCUCAGCACAGUAAUGUGAUAGGGCCAGCAUCGUCAUUAAAAAGUUUAGAUAACAGAUUAUUUUCUCUCCAAAGCAGAAAGAAACCAAAAACACACAAAUUGUACUCUAGUGAUGAAGAAGAAGGUUGUAUGAGAUUACUACCUGUGAAAAGAAACAUACGAAGAAGUCACUCUGACAUGCAACGAAGAAGAAAACGAUCAGCUGUUACAGGUAGUAAACGCAGUGUGUUCAGUGACAGUGAACACCGUGCUUCAAAAAACAACCAACUGAAAUCUUUAUCAUCGUUAUCAUCAAUAGCGGUGCACGAUUCCACUAUUGUUAAUAAACAUUUUGUGGAACGCGGAAAUUUAGACAAUGAAGAUCAAUUUUUGAAGUCCGUUCAGGAGAUUUAUUCGAGUAUGAUGCAGAAAUUGAAGCAAAAGAUGAAGGCUGAAGUGAAGCAGCUGGAAAGAAAACUAUCCGAAUUACAAACAAGAAAUGUAGAAAAACAAAAGGAUAAAGAAAAAUUCAUAGAAAGGGAAGAAGAAUUAGUGAGAGAGUUAAGCAAAAAGGAAACUGAACUUUAUAACGCUACCAAUGAGAAGAAAUGUCAGGAACAAGAGUUCCGCAUGAGAGAAGAAAACUUAAGAAGAAAAUUAGAGGCGAUGGAGAAAGAGAUGAACGAAUAUCGUUCUGUGGUGAGUCACAUCACGUGAUUUUCCAUUCUGAUUGGUUUGUUGACUACUGUGAAUAAAUUCUCAUGAUUUUAUUUGAUUUUAUAGCUAAUUAAAUUUAUUUUUUAUAAAUACUGAUCCAUAUGAAAUGUUUUUGCAUCAUUAAGAUGUGGAGUCACCGAAUUGUAAUCACGUCUAUAGAUAUCGUUGUAAUUUUUUAGCUUCACCUUUAGUAUAUGCUAUAACAACGCAUGCAUUCGAUAUAUGACUCUUUCGUCAUAAGAAUGAAAGAGAAAGCAAAUGGUUUAUAUCUCACCGAUGUCCUGUGCUCGUUGUGGAACUGGUCUUCGGUUAAACCAUAGCAUCCUUCUAGCGUCCACACGCAGAUCGAUUAUAUUGGUUAAAAGAGCGAUCAAAGGAGCCAAUGGAAAUGCUGCAGCGAACAGCUUAAGGAGAAAAAUAUUAAUGGAAUAUCUUCAUAUUAACAAUGUAACAACAUGUAAAUUUAGGUAAAAAAUGUAACUAUAAAUAGAAUAAAUUCUUUGAAGUAAUAACUUACCAUUAAAUAUCCGUACUGUAAAACUAAAGAAAUAAAAAUUUGGAUGUAAAAA